GGAACUUCGUGUUUUCUUUUUCCUUGUAAAUAGAUAGUACCAAGUGAGAGAUAGAUGGAUAGUCAAACAAGGAGACAGACAGUACACAUACAUAGAGACAAUACAGGUAUAGAAUAAACAACACUAACAGUACAUCCUACAUAUAUUAAACUACUUUUACCUGUAGUUAAUAUUCCUAAUCAUUUUCUAUCUCUCUCCGGCGUUGUUCAGGGUGGGAUAAGGGCCGUGGUAUGGACUGAUGUGUUGCAGCUUAGUGUCCUGAUGAUUGGUUUUGUUGUCAUCAUCAUCAAAGGUGUGGCAGAUGUAGGUAGCGUCCAGCAGGUGUGGGAGGUGGCUGUGAAACAUAACAGGGCAGGACCUCAGGCGUAUACAUAUGGCUACGAUCCCCUUAAACGACACACCGUUGCCAACAUCAUUAUCGGAGGUAUCUUCUUGACGGCCGUUCAAUACGGCAGCUCACAGACCUCCGUUCAGCGUUUCGCCAGCACCAAAAGUCUCUCCCAAGCUUAUUUGUCCCUAGUGAUGAUGAUACCUCUGUUUAUACUCGCCAUCUCUCUGGCCAUUUUUGCAG